GGGCGGUUCGGCUCCGCUCGGCUCGGCCCGGCUCCGCUCGGCUCCGCUCGGCCCCGCUCGGCCCCGCACCGCCCCGCACCGCCCCGCAGCGCUCCGCCGGGCCCCGCGGCGCCCCAGGUAACCUACUUCCACCGCCUCCGCCGCCGCCGCCGAGCGUGACUCCGUGCAGCGGAGAGGUUUGGGGCGGACGCGUUCCCCCCGCUUCGCCGCCGCCGUCACCGGGGACCCACACAGGGGCUGGCUGACCCCUCCCGGAGCCCUCCUCGGAGCCGGAGCGCAGCGGCGGCGGUGGUGGUGGUGGCAGCGGGGCCCCUCGCGGUGCCAAGCCCCCCCCUCCGAGUCCCCCCCUCAGCACCAUGCCCUCCAGCGGAGCCAUUGACGCCAGCAGCCCCGCGCCGGACCGCGAGGCGCAUGACACGCACAAGGGGGAAGAGGAGCAGGAGGAGCACCCGAGCAAGGAGGAGAAGCAGGAGCCAGGGACACCCAUGAGGAAGGCCGGGCGGCCUGGGCGAAAACGCAAACACGCCCAGGUGGAAAGCAGUGACACACCCAAAGACACGGCAGCCGUCCCCAAGUGCCCCCCUCCCUGCCCAGAGGCCAGUCCUGCCGAGCCACUGCCCAACGGGGACCUGGAGACGGACGGAGCCCAGUGGAAGGGCACGGAGGAGGGCGGCACGAGCCCCAAAAGCGGGCGCCCCGAGGAGGACGAGACGGAGAGCCUGGCGGAUGGAGAGACGGGCCGGGCGCUGGAGAAUGGCCGCUGCACCCCCAAGGAGGGCCUGGACGCCCCGGCCGAUGAGGGUGAGCUGGCCCCUUCCGACCCCCAGAAGAAACGCGGGAGGAGGAAACUCCUGGAGGCCACAGAGAAAAGCAAGGAGGAGAAGGAGGAAAACAACUUCGACAGCCUGAAAAUGGAGGGCUCCCGUGGGCGGCUGCGGGGUGGGCUGGGCUGGGAGUCGAGCCUGCGGCAGCGCCCCAUGCAGCGGCACACCUUCCAGGCAGGGGACCCCUACUACAUCAGCAAGAGGAAGCGCGACGAGUGGCUGGCACGCUGGAAGAGAGAGGCGGAGAAGAAGGCAAAAGUGAUCGCCGUGAUGAACGUGGUGGAGGAGACGCCGCGGGCCGAGCCGCAGAAGGAGGAGGAGGCCAGCCCCCCUGCCUCACAGCAGCCCACCGACCCUGCUUCGCCCAAUGUGGCCACCACGCCUGAGCCUGUGGUGGCCGACGCCGUCGACAAGAACACAUCCAAGUCAGCCGACGACGAGCCUGAGUACGAGGACGGUCGGGGCUUCGGUAUCGGUGAGCUGGUGUGGGGCAAGCUGCGCGGCUUCUCCUGGUGGCCGGGGCGCAUCGUGUCCUGGUGGAUGACGGGACGCAGCCGGGCAGCUGAGGGCACCCGCUGGGUGAUGUGGUUUGGGGACGGCAAGUUCUCAGUGGUCUGCGUGGAGAAGCUCCUGCCCCUCAGCUCCUUCUCCAGCGCCUUCCACCAGGCCACCUACAACAAACAGCCCAUGUACCGCAAAGCCAUCUACGAGGUGCUGCAGGUGGCAAGCAGCAGAGCAGGGAAGAUCUUCCCGGCGUGCCCCGAGAAUGAUGAGACUGACACCUCCAAGGUAGUGGAGAUCCAGAACAAGCAGAUGAUCGAGUGGGCGCUGGGCGGCUUCCAGCCCUCCGGCCCCAAGGGCCUGGAGCCCCCCGAGGAGGAGCGCAACCCCUACAAAGAAGUUUACACAGAGAUGUGGGUCGAGCCAGAAGCUGCUGCCUAUGCGCCGCCCCCACCCGCCAAAAAGCCCCGGAAAAGCACAACAGAGAAACCCAAGGUCAAGGAGAUCAUCGAUGAGCGCACCCGAGAGCGGCUUGUCUACGAGGUGCGGCAGAAAUGCAGAAACAUCGAAGAUAUCUGCAUCUCCUGCGGGAGCCUCAACGUCACCCUGGAGCACCCUUUGUUUAUCGGGGGAAUGUGCCAAAACUGCAAGAACUGCUUUCUGGAGUGCGCGUACCAAUACGACGACGACGGAUACCAGUCCUACUGCACCAUCUGCUGUGGUGGGCGCGAGGUGCUCAUGUGCGGCAACAACAACUGCUGCAGGUGUUUCUGCGUGGAGUGCGUGGACCUGUUGGUGGGGCCAGGGGCUGCACAGGCGGCCAUCAAGGAGGACCCCUGGAACUGUUACAUGUGCGGCCAUAAGGGUGUCUAUGGGCUCCUGCGGCGGCGUGAAGAUUGGCCAUCGCGCCUCCAGAUGUUCUUCGCCAACAACCACGACCAGGAGUUUGAUCCACCGAAGGUGUACCCACCUGUCCCCGCUGAGAAGAGGAAACCCAUCCGCGUGCUGUCGCUGUUUGAUGGCAUUGCCACCGGCCUGCUGGUGCUGAAGGACCUGGGCAUCCAGGUGGACCGCUACAUUGCCUCCGAGGUGUGCGAGGACUCCAUCACCGUGGGCAUGGUGAGGCACCAAGGCAAGAUCAUGUACGUCGGCGACGUCCGAAAUGUCACCCAGAAACAUAUACAGGAGUGGGGCCCCUUCGACCUGGUAAUCGGGGGCAGCCCUUGCAAUGACCUCUCUAUAGUGAACCCAGCCAGGAAGGGGCUGUACGAGGGCACUGGGCGCCUCUUCUUUGAGUUCUACCGCCUCCUGCAUGAAGCACGGCCCAAGGAGGGUGACGACCGACCCUUCUUCUGGCUCUUUGAGAACGUGGUGGCCAUGGGGGUCAGCGACAAAAGGGACAUCUCACGCUUCCUCGAGUCCAACCCCGUCAUGAUUGAUGCCAAAGAGGUGUCUGCGGCACACCGGGCACGGUACUUCUGGGGUAACCUUCCCGGUAUGAACAGGCCGCUGGCGUCCACGGUCAAUGACAAGCUGGAACUCCAGGAGUGCCUGGAGCACGGCAGGAUAGCCAAGUUCAGCAAAGUGAGAACCAUCACCACUCGCUCCAACUCCAUCAAGCAGGGCAAAGACCAGCACUUCCCCGUCUUCAUGAAUGAGAAGGAAGACAUCCUGUGGUGCACGGAGAUGGAGAGGGUGUUCGGCUUCCCGGUGCACUACACGGACGUGUCCAACAUGAGCCGCCUGGCCCGGCAGAGACUGCUCGGCAGAUCCUGGAGCGUGCCGGUGAUCCGCCACCUCUUUGCACCCCUCAAGGAGUACUUCGCCUGCGUUUAGGAGAGCCGGACGGGGACUGUGCCACGGAGCGCGUCAGAACCGAACCAUCCAUGCCAAGAGAAGAGAAAACGCGGAGCGAGAGAAGAGCCAGCACCCAGCAGAGAGACGGGAGCACGGCGCGGCGGCCGCCGGCACGCGCCUCCCCGAGCGCAGGGCUCGGGGCCUCCCCAUCCCCAACGAUCAGCUUUCAGCCUAUUUAAAACCAGGUUUUAAAACCAAAAUAAUAUAUAUAUUAAAAAAAAAUCAAUCAAUCAAUCGCACCAGGACAA